AGGCAGACUCAAGGGAUCCCGGGGGAACUGUUCUUCCAUGCAGGAAUCAGUGGCGCGAGCGGAGCCCGGCGCGGGACUGCCACACUGCCGGGUGACAGACAUUGCUUCCCACCAAUCAGGGGUCAAAAAUUAAAAUGAAGUACAUUCUAGUUACUGGCGGUGUUAUAUCAGGAAUUGGAAAAGGAAUCAUUGCUAGCAGUGUGGGCACAAUACUAAAGUCAUGUGGUUUACAUGUAACUUCAAUUAAAAUUGACCCAUACAUUAACAUUGAUGCAGGAACAUUCUCUCCUUAUGAGCAUGGGGAAGUUUUUGUGCUGGAUGAUGGUGGGGAGGUAGACCUUGACCUGGGUAACUAUGAGAGGUUCCUUGACAUCCGCCUCACCAAGGACAAUAAUCUGACCACUGGAAAGAUAUACCAGCACGUCAUUAACAAGGAACGCAAAGGAGAUUACUUGGGGAAAACCGUCCAAGUUGUCCCUCACAUCACAGAUGCAAUCCAGGAAUGGAUAAUGAGACAGGCGUUAAUCCCUGUAGAUGAAGACGGCCUGGAGCCUCAAGUGUGUGUUAUUGAGCUUGGUGGAACAGUGGGAGAUAUAGAAAGCAUGCCUUUUAUUGAGGCUUUCCGUCAAUUCCAAUUCAAAGUCAAAAGAGAGAACUUUUGUAAUAUCCACGUCAGUCUAGUCCCUCAGCCAAGUUCAACAAGGGAACAGAAGACUAAACCCACUCAGAAUAGUAUCCGAGAUCUCAGAGGGCUCGGGCUUUCCCCAGAUCUGGUUGUGUGCAGGUGCUCAAAUCCUCUGGACACAUCUGUGAAAAAGAAAAUAUCGAUGUACUGCCACGUUGAACCUGAACAAGUCAUCUGUGUCCAUGAUGUCUCAUCCAUCUACCGAGUCCCCUUGUUAUUAGAAGAGCAAGGGGUUGUAGAUUAUUUUCUUCGAAGACUCGAUCUUCCUAUUGAGAGGCAGCCACGAAAAAUGCUGAUGAAGUGGAAGGAGAUGGCUGACAGAUAUGAUCGCUUGCUGGAGACCUGCUCUAUUGCCCUCGUGGGCAAAUACACCAAGUUCUCUGACUCGUAUGCCUCUGUCACUAAAGCUCUGGAGCACUCUGCACUGGCCAUCAACCACAAAUUGGAAAUCAAGUACAUAGACUCUACCGACCUGGAGCCGAGCACCUUACAAGAAGAGCCUGUCCGCUAUCACGAAGCAUGGCAGAAGCUCUGCAGUGCUCAUGGAGUGCUGGUUCCAGGAGGGUUUGGUGUUCGAGGAACAGAAGGAAAAAUCCAAGCAAUCGCCUGGGCUCGAAAACAGAAAAAGCCUUUUUUGGGUGUGUGCUUAGGAAUGCAGCUGGCAGUGGUUGAAUUCUCAAGAAAUGUGCUGGGAUGGCAAGAUGCCAAUUCUACAGAGUUUGACCCUAAGACAAGUCACCCCGUGGUCAUAGACAUGCCAGAGCACAAUCCUGGGCAGAUGGGUGGAACCAUGAGGCUGGGCAAGAGGAGAACCCUAUUCCAGACCAAGAACUCGGUCAUGAGAAAACUCUAUGGAGAUCCGGAGUUCUUGGAGGAGAGGCACCGCCACAGAUUUGAGGUAAAUCCAGUCUUGAAAAAGUGUUUGGAAGAGCAAGGCUUGAAGUUUGUUGGCCAAGAUGUUGGAGGAGAAAGAAUGGAAAUUGUGGAGUUGGAAGAUCAUCCUUUUUUUGUUGGGGUUCAGUACCACCCUGAGUUCCUGUCCAGACCUAUCAAGCCUUCCCCGCCCUAUUUUGGCCUCCUCCUGGCCUCCGUAGGGAGACUCCCACAUUACCUCCAGAAAGGCUGCCGGCUCUCGCCCAGGGACACCUACAGUGACAGAAGUGGAAGCAGCUCCCCUGACUCUGAAAUCACGGAAUUGAAAUUCCCAUCAAUAAAUCAUGACUAACUCUGGUAACGGAUGAUUCUUCGAGAGCCUUUGAACUUUGACAGAGUUUACAGCUUUGAUUUUACACUCAGCUUUUGACACUUCCUUUAAAUUAUGUUUUUAUUAAAAUUAUUUUAUUACGGGGGAAAUGGUAUUUGGAAAACUUUGUCACUGCAUGUCCAUCGUGUGUCUUGACUCCUCCGCGGUGUGCUGCCUGCCGACACUCUGCUGUGCAGUUCUGGAGUUUCUGAGAAGAGCAGCAGCAGGUCUGGAAGAGAGCUGAUGAUGGACGGGGGCUGACAGAACACCCCCUCAAUCACCAUGUUUCUCCAACUACCUCGUGUCAUUGUGGAUUCGAGUGCAUUACCUGUUGCUUUUUGCUGGGAUGCCUGGGCCAUUUUAAAAAGUGCCACAUGGACUUAAUAAGCACGGAAAGAUACGCUUAGCUAGUACUUAGAACACUUUGGUGCUGGUGACUUGAGGGCAUUGCUUACCACUAAGAGCAGUGAAACCAGAGUCAAAAUCUCGACACUGCCCUGAACUAUGGAGACUUUCAGUGCCAACUGUGGCUGGUACUUGUCCAAUGGGACAGUCGACUUUGAUGUCGCAUGAAACGGCAAGAAGUCUAUUCCUCUCUGAAGCGUGAUUUUAAACCCCCAUGCCUCUGGCCACGCUUCCUCUUCUUGGGGCUGGGAAACACUCCUUGUAUCAAGGGGUUGCUUUAAAAAAGAAUAAAGAAUCUUUGGGAAACUGCCUCUAAAACCCUUAUAUAUAGACAGCUUUGGCUCAAGGGACGUCUUUCUUCCAGAAUGGUGUUACUGCAGUUGAAAUGCAAUAUGAAAAGCUAUUUUCUUAGCGUGAUGUAACAACAGCCACAGCUAUAUGCCUACCGUGUUCUGGCUGGACUUAUGUGUACUCUCUAACUUAAGAAAUAAAUAAUGCAGAACUAGAGACAUGCUUUGCUUUUCAUUCUCUCUCCUUGGCCAGAUGGAAACGUCUAAGCAGGAUGCGGGAUGUGCCUGUGUGCCGUCACUUGAGCUCGGUGCCAGGCUCUCCUCCGAGUGAGCAGCCUUCAGUGAGUGAUCGUUUGUUCAGAAACUCAGAGAGGAGUCUUUCUAAUAGGAACCAGAAUUUUCCAAAAAG